UGUUAACUUAAAACUUAUGUAAAAACGCUGGGAUACCCCUAACGAACUAAACUUCAGCUGUGUUGUGCAAACCAAUACAUGCGGAAUCAAAAUCAUUGGUCAAAAUAAAAUAUCAGCUUUAAAAAUGAAUUAUUUAAGAGUUAUUCGGAAUAAUUGGAAAAAAUGCACGUUUGGAGCGGCAGUAUCUGUGUACGCUCUGCAAUCGCUGAAAACGCACAUUGAGAUUGAACAACAUAUGAGGGAGUUUGCCUCCAACAUUCAAUCAAAUUGGGCAGGAAAUCAACCGAAAAAGGUGCUUGUGGUCAUGAAUCCGGUGGCCAAUAAAAAGAGAUCGGAGAAAUUUUUCAAGAACUAUUGCGAGCCGGUUUUGCAUUUAGCUGGCUAUUCCGUGGAGAUCCUGCGCACCAACCACAUUGGACAUGCCAAGAGCUACGUGGAGGAGAUGGCUGCGCUGCCCGAUGCGAUUGUGGUGGCCGGCGGCGAUGGAACCUCCUCGGAGGUGGUGACUGGCCUCAUGCGAAGGCGCGGCAAUCUCUGCCCCAUCACCAUUCUUCCCCUGGGACGUUCGGUCCAGGCCGCCUCGAAGCGCAUCCAAAUCUUUGGCGUCAAGGACGUGGAAUAUGUGAAGAGCCUCUGCAAAGCCCUGGAACCCAUGCUCAAGGAUGAAAGCCAGUACCAAAGCGUCAUUCGCUUCGAUGUGAUCAACGAAGACGAGGCAAACGACAGUCAGUUAAAGCCCAUCUUCGGUCUGAAUGGUCUUUCCUGGGGCCUGAUUGAGGAUAUUAACUCGGCCAAGGAUAAGUACUGGUACUUUGGGCCACUGCGUCACUAUGCAUCCGCCGCCUCCAAGUCCUUCGGUGAUAAUUGGAGCCUGAAGACCGACUAUGUGUACACACCGCCUUGCCCGGGCUGCAUUGAUUGUGCUUCUGUUCAGCGCCAGGAGGCCGCACCGCCUGUGACCGGUGGGCUCUUCACAAGGAACCUCGUUAAGUACCAGAAAAACGCUGGCGGGCCGAAGAGAACGCUCGUUAAGAACGACGAGUGCAGCAAAAAGGUCGAGGGAAGCGUAGAGGCCAGCCAAAUAAACAUCAAUUGCGUGCAGAACGGGAAUAACUUUGCGGAGCUGGAGAGCCAGUUCAUAAGCUCCUUGCAGCCGGGCUGGGAGUUCAUCAAGCAAAUACCGCAAGUCACCUGCAGCAACAUUUUGCCCAGCCUGGUGGUGAAGAGUCGCACCAUUCAGCUGCAUCCGGACGGCGAAAUGGCCGAGAAGUUCUACUCGAUCGACGGCGAGGAGUACGAUGCAAGACCCAUCAAGGUAUCUGUUGUGCCCAAUGCCAUUAAAGUUUUCUGUUGACAUUUUAAACGUGUAUAUUAAUUAAAUCUUGAUUAAAUUGCGCUAUUUUUAGUAUAGCAUAACACAUUCACAGCAAAA